AUGGUUGGCCAUUCAACAAUCAAUCAAAUUGUUAAUCAAAAAAAUAUUAAAAAUAAUUCAACAACAAAAACAUCGACAACAACAACAACAAAUUUACCAUUUACAACACAAAUAUUAAAACCAGAAAUAUUAGAAUCAUUACAUAAAUCAGAAUAUUUUCCUAGAUCAAGACAUCGUUGGAAUACAAAUGAAGAAAUUGCUGCAUUAUUAAUAUCGAUUGAUCAACAUGAUAAAUGGCUUACAGAUGAAGUUAAAUUAAGGUAACCAAAAAAGUUUUUGGUUUAUUUUUAUG